AUGCCUGCAACAAGAACAACAAAUAGAGGUCGAGCCAGUGGAGAAAAAUUGUAUGGUGUACGAAAGCAAUUGCAGUUUUGCGGUACUGUGGUGUACAAGCACAAUGUAAACUCAACAAUAAUCGAGAUAACCACUUAUAAUCAAAAAUUAUUAGUGGAAGCUCAGAACGAUAAUGUCGUGAUAACAGGUGACUUCAAUGCACAAAUAGGCGAAGAACAAUAUUUGGAAUUUAGCCCGAGUAUGCAGUGGUCUGAAGUAUUGGACCACAGAGUAGCAAUAGAUACAGUUGUAUAUAGAAAUGGCAAACAAUUACUAGAAAUUUGCAAUUCAUUUGGUGUCACCGUGUUAAAUGGCCGCAUUAAAGGCGACAGAGAGGGUACAUUUACUUUUAUCAGAGGUGUAGCAAGGUCAACGAUAGAUUAUUGUUUUGUGAAAGGAGUAUGGUUAAUAAUAACUGAAGAGUUUCAUAUAGGUGACAUGAUAUACUCGGAUCAUCAGCCACUGGAAAUUAUGGUAAAUCUAGAUGCCUCUAAUUCAAAUGAAAAUAAAAUGCAGUUGCUACCGAAACUGAUAUGGAAAGAUAAAUAUAAAGAUCUGUACCAAGAAAAGCUUGAAGAAUCCCUUAAUGCAUGCGAAGGUAGUACAUUUGCGUCGAAGGAAGGAGAUGACAUUCUUCAAUAUUGUGUAAAACAAGCAGCAAAAUCGUUUCAGGGUAAUUCGGCGGGUAUAAAUAGGAAACAAAAAUGGUAUGAUUUUGAAUGUGAAACUGCAAGAAAGAAAUCAUUUAAAUGGCUCAAAACAGUUAAAAAAGGUGGUGAUAUAGCUGAUUUAGAGAAAUACAAAAAUGUAAACAGAGAAUACAAAAAGCUGUGUGAUGAGAAAAGGAAGUCAUAUUUCAAUGAAAAGGCAAUGUCGAUAUCCCAAGCAGCUGAUAGUAAAUCAUUUUGGAGUGGAGUUAAAAAAAUAAAUCGUGCAGAUUACAUAAAAGGAAUUAAAGUGAACGCCGAAGCUUUGGUGGUUCAUUUUGAAAACCAGUUAAAUGGUAAUAUAGUAAACCAUUCUUUCAGUUAUGCCCUACCGUAUGUAAUAAACGAAGCUUUAUAUGCUCCAAUAAAGAUUAAAGAAGUCUGUGCAGUGCUCCAGAAUUUAAAAACUAACAAAGCCGCAGGUGAAAACCGAAUUCCAGCUGAGUUUUUAAAAUAUGCCACGCCACAGUUUAUAGAGCGUAUGGUUGAAUCAUACAAUUAUAUAUUUAAAAAUGCAGUCCCACCUGAUAGUUUCAAAAAACCCAUAAUAUUUUCCCUAUUUAAAAAAGGUCAAUUAAUGUGGCAAAUUGUAGAGGAAUAA